GUCGUUGAGGACGACAUUGCAUACAGGGAGCUCCAGUAGUGUAGCUAUACUCCUGCUAGCAAAUACUGGGCUUGAACAAACCCGAUCCAAAGUAAAUUCAAAUCGCAACAAGGGAUCUCAAAUAAGUUUACGGAAUCCAAUUCCAAUCUUCAAAAAAAAAAACCCACCGAGUGAACCGAAUUAAUUAAUUAGUGAAGAUGGCAACAAACAGAGCAACCAAAAGUGGAUUUGCCGCCGAAGCUCAAAGAAAGGUGAACGCUAAGUACAGCGAAGAAUUAGCUCAAGAAUGCCUGGAAUGGAUAAGGACAAUCACGAACGAGGAUAUCAACUGCGGUGGAGAUAUGGAUAAUUUCUACGAAGUAUUGAAAGACGGCACUCUUUUGUGCAGGCUUGUGAAUUGCAUCCAAAGUGGAAGCGUAAAGAAAAUAAACAAUACGACGAUGGCUUUCAAGUGCAUGGAAAACAUAAACGCUUUCCUGGAGACCGCCAAGGUCCUCGGCGUCCCGGCUCAAGAGACCUUCCAGACCGUUGAUCUCUGGGAAAGACAAAAUCUCAACUCCGUCGUCAUCUGUAUUCAAUCACUUGGACGCAAAGCUGGUAACUUUGGAAAGCCAAGCAUUGGACCGAAGGAAGCCGAGAAAAACGAACGACACUUCUCUGAAGAUAAACUGAAGGCUGGACAAUCGAUCAUUGGUCUUCAGAUGGGAAGCAAUAAAGGUGCUAACCAAUCAGGAAUCAACUUCGGCAACACCCGUCACAUGUAAAGUUCUAGAGAGGUGUGGAGGAGGUAGAUCAAGAUAAGGAGACGAGACAAGAACCAAGAAUUUUCCCAGCGAUUUUCAUUUAAUUAAAUAAGACAAAAACUAUAUCUUCCAUAGUUAUUGUAGAAUUAUAAUAUUUAUUAGAAUAAACAUUUUUAAGUUUAAA